AUUGUUCAGUGCAACGCACUUCAGUGGUGGUAAACAAAUCCCGAGAUGCGUUUGUUGUUAAGGUGGAGGUACAACAUUUGUACGUACUUGGAAUAUGAAGAUAAUAAUCGGUAUGACUGCUAGGAAGUUAGAAGAUCACUUCAUUGGGUGUCUAUCGAGAUAACUCGGUAGUCAGAUACAAAGAUAUACCUUGUUCUAUUCAAAGAUAAUUUCUUCAUAUCUUUGAACACGAGGCUGGAAAUGAUUUGGUUCGUGGUGGUGAGUGUCUUGCUGUAUGUGACAGAUGCGGCCUGUCCCACGGACUGCUCUUGUCGCAGUCGUUAUGUUGACUGUGCCCGCAGACGACACACUUCCGUCCCUUCCUUUGCCGGCGUUAACGUGGCUGCAGAUUACGAUGUGUUAGACCUGAGUGAAAACAGCAUCACGUCUUUAAAUAACAGGAGUUUUGCCAACGCUCCAUUCAAGACUGUUUAUCUUUCAAACAAUGGAUUGAAUGACAGCGGAAUUUCUGUGGGGGCUUUUGAUGGUUUGAAAGACUCUGUCACUCAUCUCGAUUUGAGUCAUAAUAACAUUCGCCACCUUCCCACUGCCCUAAAAGAAUUAAGUAAAAUUGAAGAUUUAGAUGUAUCCCAUAAUCCAAUGCGAUAUACAAAUGACUUUAAAGAUGAAGUUAUGAAAGCUCUGGGGGACACAAUUACAAGUUUCACAUUUGGAAGUAGCCAAUUGCUAAGUUGGCCAACAACUCUGAAUCAUUUUGUUCAACUCCAAAGUCUACAUGUGGCUGAAAUGGGAAGAUUCAUAAAAGUCUUGCCGCCUGAAUCGUUCCAUGGCUUUGAAACAACUCUUCUUUACUUGAAGAUGGAGAACACAAAGUUGGUCGCUGUACCUUUAGGAAUAAGUAGGUUAAGGAAUCUCCAAGAACUACACUUUGAUGACAACCCUCAAGUGACAGAUAGGGGUAUCCUUAUUCAGUCCUUCCCCAUCAGAAGCCAAAAGUUGAGAACUGUUAGUCUUAAUGGCGAUGGUCUGACAAAAUUCCCUCCAGUGCUGAAGUAUUUAAGAGCACUUAAAAAUCUGAGUUUAGAUCGAAAUAUUCUCGAUUUUCUCAGCGAUGCCUCCAUCAGUGGUAAUGUGACCGUGUCUAACCUUUCCCUGAUCGACUGUGGUUUAGAUAGAAUCCCUGGAGCACUAGCGGACCUGGACUACCUUAACCGUCUUGACUUAUCCCAAAACGCUAUACGAACAAUUGAACAGAACGAUCUACGAAACCUUCCAUAUCUUCAACAUUUGAAAAUUCAAAACUCAUCGUUAGAAUACAUCUCAAAAACUGCUUUCGAAAAUUUCAAUAACUUGGCAAGUUUAAACUUUGAGAAUACGAAAUUGACGCAGGUUCCGGAAGCUGUCAAUCUGUUGCAUCCGUGCGUUACCAGUCUAGAUUUGAGCGGGACUAAGCUAGAUUGCAUGUGCGAAACGCUCGUGUGGUUAAACAAUAAAACAGAGGAAUGUAGAAGAUCAGGACGAGCCAUGCAAAUUAAGGGUGAAUGUGACACAAUCAUUUCCAGCGUUGAAAAUUAUGUCAAAACAUACAUUCCCAGAUGUCCUCAGUAUAAAGAAGAACACAACAUCGCACCAUACAAUGGUCGAUAAAUUUCUAGAUUCUAAUCAGUUAUAUUUCUUUCCGGAAACGUUUAGCAACAUUUGUUUGACUUCUAUCAUGUACCCCAGCUUGUAUGUUUAACUCUGACGCUUUUCAAAAAUAAAUUUGGCUUUGCUUUA